CCCAGCAGCUGAGACGUCAUUACAAACAAUUUUCCCACCACAACCUCAAUCACACCCACCCCUUCGCGGGCGAUCCAAUGCCGUAGAGCUAGCAGCUCGGUCACCGACUGCGCCGGACAAACCCUCUUCUUUUUUGUUUCGUUCAUUGUCGACUGAUUUUCGUCUGUUCACCGGUUGUCCGAAGCAAGCCCCCUUAUCAACGAUGAACGGCAUCACGCGCAACGCGACGCUCGCGGCGCGCAAGCAGCUAUCCGCAGCAAGCUUCGUCUGCCGCACCUGCCGCGAACAUAGGCAGCGCCGGCCGUACUCGAGCAACGUUGUCCCGCCGCCGCCCGCUCCGCCCGCCGCCGGCUACGCGGCCCUCUCGUCGCGCCGUCUCAUCUCCGUCGCCGGCCCCGACGCCGCCAAGUUCUUGCAAGGCGUCAUCACACGCAAUAUCGCAUCCAAGGAGGCCCGCGAGCGGCAGACGGGCUUCUACGCCGCCUUCCUCAACGCCACCGGCCGCGUGCUGCACGACGUCUUCAUCUACCCAGACAUCGCCGGUCUCGGCGGCGCCGCGGCGGCCGAGUCAGAGCAGGCUGGCACCCGGUUCCUGAUCGAGGUCGACGCCAACGAGGCCGAGAGGCUGGCGAAGCACCUCAAGCGUUACAAGCUGCGGGCCAAGCUGAACGUGCGGCUGCUCGCGGCAGAAGAGGCGACCGUGUGGCACGCCUGGGACGACGGCGGGAAGCCCAUCACGACGGACGCCGCGCUGCUGAGCACCGUCACCAGGGAUCCGAGAACGCCCGGGUUGGGAUACCGCUUGCUGCAGGGCAGGGACACGCCGCCGCCCCUGGACCUCGACGCGACGACCGAGGACAGCUACACAAUCAGGCGAUACAUGCAGGGCGUCGCCGAGGGCCAGGACGAGAUCAUCCGGGAGCACGCUCUGCCGCAGGAGACGAACAUGGACUACAUGGACGGAAUCGACUAUCACAAGGGCUGCUACGUGGGACAGGAGCUCACGAUCCGGACGAAGCACCGCGGGGUGGUGCGUAAGAGGAUACUGCCCUGCAUGGUGUACGAAGUGGAUAGGGCCGUCCCGCAGACGCUGCAGUACCGGCCGGAGCAUGAUGCGGACCACGGCCCCGAGGGCCUGCCUGCAGAGACGAUCCCGCGGGAGACGAGCAUUGGCAGGUCGGGGAAAAGGGGCAGAAGCGCGGGCAAGUGGCUCAAGGGUGUCGGAAACGUCGGCCUGGGGCUCUGCCGUCUGGAGAUCAUGACGGACAUUGUCCUCCCUGGCGAGACGGCCGCUUCGACCUUUGACCCGGCCGAUGAGUUCAUGUUGCAGUGGGGCGAGGAGGACAAGAACAACACUGUCAAGAUCAAGGCAUUCGUGCCAGAGUGGUUGAGAAACGGGUUGGCAUCUGCACGGUAGAAAAGUCAGUGCCCAUCAUAUUGUAGAACAGAGAGAAAAAGGGGUAUAAUUGUAUAACAAGACACUCGGUCGCAUCGUUUGCACCGCCAACACCCAUCCGUCGUCGCUUCUUUGGCAGCUUUUCCAGCAUCGUCUAUCACGUCGCCGCCUCUUCUAGUUCCAACGCCUGCCGUCUCCC